AUGCCCGCCCGCGCCCAGCUGCGCCGCCUGCGGCUGCGGGCGCCGCUGCCGCCGCCGCUGCUGCUGCUGCUGCUGGCCCUGGGCGGCCGCCGCCUGCGCGCCGAGCCCGGCGACGGCGAGCGGACCUGGGCCCGCUUCGCGCGCCCUCCGGCCCCCGAGGCCGCGGGGCUCCUCCACGACACCUUCCCCGACGGCUUCCUCUGGGCCGUGGGCAGCGCCGCCUACCAGACGGAGGGCGGCUGGCGGCAGCACGGCAAGGGCGCGUCCAUCUGGGACACGUUCACCCACCGCGCCCCGGCGCCUCCAGGCGACCCCCUGGGAGCCGGCCUGCCGUCGGGCGCCCAGGCGCCGUCCCCGCCCGCCACCGGGGACGUGGCCAGCGACGGCUACAACAACGUCUUCCGCGACACGGAGGGACUGCGCGAGCUCGGGGUCACCCACUACCGCUUCUCCAUCUCGUGGGCGCGGGUACUCCCCAAUGGCAGCGCCGGUGCCCCCAACCGGGAGGGGCUGCGCUACUACCGGCGUCUGCUGGAGCGGCUGCGGGAGCUGGGCGUGCAGCCCGUGGUCACUCUGUACCACUGGGACCUGCCCCAGCGCCUGCAGGACGCCUACGGCGGCUGGGCCAACCGCGCCCUAGCCGACCACUUCAGGGAUUACGCCGAGCUCUGCUUCCGCCACUUCGGCGGCCAGGUCAAGUACUGGAUCACCAUCGACAACCCCUACGUGGUGGCCUGGCACGGCUACGCCACCGGGCGCCUGGCCCCCGGCGUCCGGGGCAGCCCGCGGCUCGGGUACCUGGUGGCGCACAAUCUCCUCCUGGCUCAUGCCAAAAUCUGGCAUCUCUACAAUACUUCUUUCCGCCCCACUCAGGGAGGCCAGGUGUCCAUCGCCCUAAGCUCCCACUGGAUCAGUCCUCGAAGAAUGACCGACCAUAGCAUCAAAGAAUGUCAAAAAUCUCUUGACUUUGUCCUAGGCUGGUUUGCCAAACCCAUAUUUAUUGAUGGGGACUAUCCGGAGAGCAUGAAGAAUAACCUUACAUCUCUUCUGCCUGAUUUUACUGAAUCAGAGAAAAAGUUCAUCAAGGGAACAGCUGACUUUUUCGCUCUUUCCUUUGGACCAACCUUGAGCUUUCAACUGUUGGAUCCUCAGAUGAAGUUCCACCAAUUGGAAUCUCCCAGCCUGCGGCAACUCCUUUCCUGGAUUGACCUUGAGUAUAACCACCCUCAAAUAUUUAUUGUGGAAAAUGGCUGGUUUGUUUCAGGGACCACCAAGAGAGACGAUGCCAAAUAUAUGUACUACCUCAAAAAAUUCAUAAUGGAAACCUUAAAAGCCAUCAGGCUGGAUGGGGUGGAUGUCAUCGGGUACACGGCGUGGUCCCUCAUGGAUGGUUUCGAGUGGCACAGAGGCUACAGCAUCAGACGUGGACUCUUCUACGUCGACUUUCUAAGCCAGGAUAAGAAGCUGUUGCCAAAGUCUUCAGCCUUGUUCUACCAAAAGCUGAUAGAGAAAAAUGGCUUCCCUCCUUUACCUGAAAAUCAACCCCUAGAAGGGACAUUUCCCUGUGACUUUGCUUGGGGAAUUGUUGACAACUACAUUCAAGUGGACACCACUCUGUCUCAGUUUACCGACCCCAACGUUUACCUGUGGGAUGUCCACCACAGUAAGAGGCUUAUUAAGGUGGAUGGGGUUGUGACCAAGAUGAGGAAAUCCUAUUGCGUGGACUUCGCUGCCAUCCAGCCCCAGAUCUCCUUACUCCGGGAAAUGCAUGUGUCGCAUUUCCACUUCUCCCUGGACUGGGCGCUGAUCCUGCCGCUCGGGAACCAGUCCCAGGUCAACCGCACGGUCCUGCACUAUUACCGCUGCAUGGCCAGCGAGCUCGUGCGCGCCAACAUCACGCCGGUGGUGGCCCUGUGGCGCCCCGCCGCCCCGCACCGGGGGCUGCCGCCAGCCCUGGCCCGGCACGGCGCCUGGGAGAACCCCCACACCGCCCUGGCUUUCGCAGAGUACGCCAGCCUGUGCUUUCGGGACCUCGGCCACCAUGUCAAGUUCUGGAUCACGAUGAGCGAGCCAUCCACGCGGAACAUGACGUACAGCGCGGCGCACAACCUCCUGAAGGCGCACGCGCUGGCCUGGCGUGCGUACCAUGAGAAGUUCAGGCGCGCUCAGAAAGGUAAGAUAUCCAUCGCCCUGCAGGCGGAUUGGAUAGAACCAGCCUGCCCUUUCUCCCCAAAGGACCAAGAAGUGGCCGAGCGAGUUUUGGAAUUUGACAUCGGCUGGCUGGCCGAGCCCAUUUUUGGCUCCGGGGAUUACCCACGCGUGAUGAGGGACUGGCUGAACCAGAGAAACAAUUUCCUCCUCCCUUAUUUCACUGACGAGGAAAAAAAGCUAAUCCGGGGUUCCUUUGACUUUUUGGCUUUAAGCCAUUACACCACCAUCCUUGUAGACUGGGAGAAAGAAGAUCCAGUGAAAUAUAACGAUUACCUGGCAGUGCAAGAAAUGACUGACAUCACCUGGCUCAACUCCCCCAGUCAGGUGGCCGUGGUGCCCUGGGGAUUACGCAAGGUACUGAACUGGCUGAAAUCCAAGUACGGAGACCUCCCCAUGUAUAUAAUAUCCAAUGGUAUCGAUGAUGAUCCACAGGCAGCCCAAGACAACCUGAGGGUGUAUUACAUGCAGAAUUAUAUAAACGAAGCCCUGAAAGCCUAUAUAUUGGAUGGUAUCAAUCUUUGUGGAUACUUUGCCUAUUCAUUUAAUGAUCGCACAGCUCCGAAGUUUGGCCUCUAUCGUUAUGCUGCAAAUCAGUAUGAGCCCAAACCGUCCAUGAAACAUUACAGGAAAAUUAUUGACGACAAUGGCUUCCCAGCUCCUGAAACCCUGGGAAGAUUUUGUCCAGAAGAAUUCACCCUGUGUACAGAGUGCAGCUUUUUUCAUACUCGGAAGUCUUUACUGGCUUUCAUAGCUUUUCUAUUUUUUGCUUUUAUUAUUUCUCUUUCUCUUAUUUUUUACUACUCCAAGAAAGGCAGAAGAAGUUACAAAUAGUCUUGAUA